AUGGCUUCAGCUCCAGCCUUCGGGCUCCGGACACUUCACUUGGCAGCGAAAUGGUUCGGCCUCCACCUUUGGUCAUAUUAUCAACUCGUCGUCCAAUAUCUCCAAAUUGACCCUAAAAUCCUUCUACUCGAUCUUCCAGAGGGCUACACUGGCAACUUGAGCCAAGUUGGUCCUUCAAACUUCACCUUUACACUCAGCCCGGUCCCACCACCUCCCCUAUUGUUUCCGCCGACAAACAUCACACUGGUCAUGCCAAGUACCUGCACGGAACUUCAGGUGUACUUGCGAGAUGAUCAGCUGAUGUACGAAAACUUAAACAUGAUCGACAUGGUCUCCUCCGUCACCUCUUCCUUUUGGAAGGCUAACGGCUGGAUUGCAUAUCUUUUCAUAUCGAUCAUCUUCCUUACAAAUCUGUGCUAUAUUUGGAUUUGGCUCAAGGCUGUUCCACUGAGCCACAAAGCGGUCAAUUUAGAACACGAAUCAACCAACGAUUCUAUAUGUACCAGUGAAAUUCGUCGUCUUAUCUUGGAUGGAGAUAUCUAUAUGUUCUCUCCAUUCAGCAAGUUUUGGUCUUUCCGUUUCACUGACGCAGAAAUUUGCUGGAGCACCUGGAAAGGACUGUUCACUGCCGCCCUAGUAGAUCUCCAAGAUCUCACCGUCAAACUUGUUAAUGCUGAGGCAGACAUCCGCCAGUUCGAGGAAAAGGUAGCGACUCAAGAAAAGCAAUCAGGUUCUUGGGAAGAAUUAUUAAGAGCAAAGAAGCGCAUCGAAGAGCUUGAACAGUACCUUGUCGCUUCAGAGACAGAGUCUUGCAAGAAGGACAGGGUGAUAGAAGAAGCUAGAUCUCGAGCUGAGAAAGCUGAUCGUCAGAAUAAGGACACUGAAAGGGAAUAUAUUGCUCUGUGUACCAAAACAGAGCAAGACACGAAAAGCAUCAAACAGCUCGAAACAAAUUUGUCAGCCGCCAACAACCACAUCAAGGAACUGCAAGACAAAAUGAAGAAACAAGGUGAAACAUCUCAAAGGCGCUAUAAUGAAUUGACAGCCGAGUGCAAGAGAAGCAAGCAAUUAACAGAUCAGGUUGCUGAGCUCGAACUAAACCUGUCCCGACUGGAAGAACAAAAUCGCUUAAUACCUGACCUCAGAGAGCAACUAGCUUCAUUGAAAAGGCAAUUUGAUGCAUUGAAUGCUGAAAGCCUGGCACUCAAAAACGCCAAUAAUACCUUGAUGAAUGAAGAAAACCUUCUAAAUAAAGAGAUUGAAGCCUUAAAGAACAAGUUGAGCUUAUCACAAUCCAAGUGCGACGCUUUGGCAACAAAACUCACAGCAAGCCAACUUACUCUAGAAAAAGAGCGAAGUCAAUUUGAAGAUGACUUCCAGUCAAUUCGAUCUCGACUUUCCGAGGCCACAAACGAGAAGGAAAUUCUUCGUAAAGAACUGGAGGAAAGAAAAUUGAAAAUUGAAAAUCUUGAAGGGGUAUCGAGUUCUCUCAAGUCAGAUCUCAGAAAAUCUCGAGAUGAACUUGGUGAAGUCCGGAAAGAUUACGAGUCGUUACAGGAGGCUUGCAAUGCUCAAUGCAUUGCAAUGGGCGAAGCAGAGUUUGAUUACCAAGAGAUGAUCAAGCUGGGCCAAGAAGAGAGAGCCUUUCUUCAACGAAAGCUAGAAGAUGCACAGGAGUCUUUGCGCAAACUCGAAGAGGGGAUAAUGGCAAUAAAAGCAGAAGCCAGCGAGCAGCUUAAGAAGAAAGAUGACGAACAUGCCGCAAUUGUGUCGAAAUUGCAGCGCGAUUUCAAAUCGCUCAAGGGCCGCAUUCCAACCACGACUAAACCACCAAAGAGAGCUAAGAACAAAUCGAGCAACAGUAAUCCAUCGAACGACCCAAAUCACAUCCUAAGUGAUAAAGGCGCAACUGUGGUCAAUCCAACCACGUCUGCGCGUCAAGAUUGCGAAGGGGAAGCUGGCACAGGAGCUUACAGAUCGAAUCUUUUAAAAGAUUCCGCAAGCGUGCCAGGUCAACAUUCUGCGACCGUAGUUGAAAAGGAAACCAUAACAUCGUUGCCCCCGCCUUUGUUGGAUUCAUCCACCUCUGCAGCUACGCCAUCGUCGACUCCAGUGGAUCAAACCACUGCACUCGAUGAGGUUAGCCAACACUUAUACACUUCGCAUGCUGAAUCUACCCAUACAGUUAUAGACUCUCAUGCAAACAUAUGUGUUGGGGCUCAGGGUGACGCGGACGCGGUUGUUCAAAGCUCUAGUGACCAGUGUCCAUCAAUUGUAUCACAGAGCAGUUCCAUAGCUUCUCCGACAUCGAAUCAAAGGAUUCAUAAGGAAAACGCCGCAAAUACUCUGUUUACAGGCCUCAAAUCUUCUAAAUGGAGCAUGAGAUCGUGAUUAUUGGUAUACUAUUUUCACAAUUUCGCAAAGCAGGGUUUGUAAAUUCCGAUAUGUCGAUAGUCUUGUGGUCUAUCUAGGCUCGGAAAGAAACGCAAAUGGAAGUGCAAUAGUUCAAAAUCCAUACUUAGCCCAGUAUUAGCGGUGGCAUAU